AUGGCACGUUACGCCAAGGAUCAGCCUGCUGGCUUUGAAAACCGCAUUGAGCGCGUCGCUAUCGUCGGUGCUGGUGGUCAAGUCGGCAAACACAUCGUUCAAGAACUCCUCAAGACAGGAAAACACACCGUCACUGCAAUCUCCCGCAUCGGUAGCAAAAGCCCUCUUCCCGAAGGCAUCAAGGUUGCCACGGUCGACUACGAUGAUGAACAGACCCUAGUUGACGCUCUCAAGGGCCAACAGUUCUUGUUCAUCUCUGUCGCCCUCGUCGCACCGCAAGAUACCCAGGACAAACUCAUCAGAGCGGCUGGCAAAGCCGGUGUCCCUUGGAUUAUGCCAAACGGCUAUGGUACCGACCUGCUCAACGAGAAGCUGGCCGAGGAAAACUUCACAGGGAAGAGUACCUGGGCUGGCCCCAAGGCUGUUGAGGCUACUGGUGUCUCCUCGUGGGUUAUCAUGUGCUGUCAGUUUUGGUAUGAGUACUCUCUUUCGACAGCGGACUGGGCUUGGGGAUUCGACUUGAACAACAAGAAGGUCACCUUCUACGAUGACGGCAAGACGCGCAUCAACACAUCUACAUGGCAGCAGUGUGGUCGGGCGGCUGCGGCUCUUGUGAGCCUCAAAGUGCUUCCCGAGGACGAGAAUGAUAAAUCAGUUACUCUCUCCCAGUGGCGGAACAAGCCGCUUUACAUUGCCAGCUUCCUCGUUUCCCAGAGGGAGAUGCUCGAUAGUGUCGAGCGCGCAACAGGAACAACAGACAAGGACUGGGAGAUUAGCUAUGAGCCUUCCAAGGAUCGCUACGAGCGUGGAAAGAACGCAAUGUUCGGUGGUGAUAAGGACGGCUUCAAGAUUCAAUUAUAUGCCCGAACGCACUAUCCCAACGGCGAUGGUGUCAUCCAAGAUAAGCUUGCUAACGAUGCACUUGGGCUGCCCAAGGAGGAUUUCGAUGAGGCUACUAGGAGAGGCGUGGAGCUCUGGAAGUCUGGUUACAAUGCAUUUGCUCGUCAACAGUAG